AUGGUUUACUCAACGCUGUCUCCUCCACUGGACCUGUCGCAUCAUUUCUCCUCGGUUACGAAGAGACGGGAGGCGAGCGAAACCAAGAGCCUGUAUAAGUAUUUUUUCAUCCCAGGCAUUGCCAACUUGGCCGGUGGCCUGCCAAAUGCGUCAUACUUCCCCUAUGAUACCCUCGAAGCUACCGUUGCCCAUCCUCGGCGUUUUCCCGCAACCUCCGACAAGGACCAGAUCAAGCCCCCCAGUGGCUCCCCUUCAACCGAGCGCAGAAUUGUCCCGAAAGAAAGCCCGACCACCAACCUCCUAAAGAAAAUUGAUCUUACCACAGCCCUACAGUAUGGGACUGCUGAAGGCCUCCCCGUGAUGGCCGAUUUCAUCCGCCAGUUUACCCGCAACCACCUUCAUCCGAAUGUCCCCUAUGCCGGCGGCCCUAACACCCUCCUCACGUGCGGUGCGACCGACGGAUUCUCCAAGGCCAUUGAAACCUUCACCAACCCUUGGGAUCCUCGUCGGGAUUGGAUCAGUCAACGCGAGGGUAUACUCUGCGAGGAAUUCGUUUAUAUGAAUGCAAUUCAAACUGUGAAGCCGCGGGGCCUCAACAUCGUUCCGGUAGCCAUAGACGCGCAGGGCAUGCUUGCGCAUGGUAAGGGAGGGUUGGCCGACGUGCUCGAGAACUGGGAUUUUAGAAAGGGCCGUCUUCCGCACCUGAUGUACACAAUCACUAUCGGCCAAAACCCGACGGGCGGGACCUUGUCGGUCGAGCGCCGGCGGGAGAUCUAUGCUCUCUGUCGGCAAUUUGACAUCAUCAUCAUAGAAGACGAUCCGUACUGGAACUUGCAGUAUCCGUCUGCAACUGCUAUGGAGGCCGGAUUCCGAGGAUCAGAUGCCGUAGAUGUAAUCCCACGCAAUUACAACGCCCACGGCAGGUCCUCCGGGUACGAUUUCUUGGAUUCCUUGGUGCCAUCGUAUCUCUCCGUUGAUACAGACGGGCGCGUUGUGCGUCUCGACACCUUCUCAAAGACCAUAGCUCCUGGUUGUCGUUUAGGAUGGAUUACCGCCCAACCGGCUGUAAUCGAACGACUGACUCGUCUCACCGAGACAUCAACUCAGCAGCCGUCGGGAUUCGUACAGGCCAUGGUGGCUGAACUAAUUGUGGGCCAGCAAUCCGAGGAUGGCCAGAAUGCCGCAGGCGCAAGUAAAAAUAAGUCUAGAAAGAGCGAACAAGCCUGGCAGAUGGACGGCUGGGUUCGCUGGCUGGAAGGUCUCCGUGCGGGAUACGAACAGCGCAUGCAGACAAUGUGCACUAUCCUCGAAGAGGGCAAGUAUCUCAUCGACUCCGAUAGCGCAUGGGACGAUGCACCACAACCUAUGGCGGACGAUGAGAAUGCUUGGGAAGUCCUGGAUAAGAUGCAGAUGUAUGAGUUUUCCUGGCCCACUGGUGGUAUGUUUGUGUGGGUCAAGGUCUGCAUUGAGACGCACCCCUUGCUGGAGAAGUAUGGCUCGGAGAGGCUGAUCCAAGCUUUGUGGCUGCAUUUGAUGCAAAAGCCGUAUCUGUGUCUUUCUGGUCCGGGGACCAUGUUUGCUCCUACACAGGAGCUUUUGGGUCGAGCGCAGGGAUAUUACAGGUUGUGCUUUGCAGCGAUGCCGGCCGAGGAUGUGUCGGGCAUUACCCGGAGGUUGGUGGAUGGAUUCCGUGCAUUUUGGCAACGGAAGAAUCUUGAUGGCUUGGAUGAUGAGGAAGUUGCUCUUAGUAGGCUGCAGGCAAAGGGUUCGGGGAAUUUGUUGGGUUUGGGCUGUUAG